UUUCGCUUCAUAACAUUAGCGCUCUGUUAGUGUUGCACAACGUUUGUGUUUGAAAGCUUGAAAAUUGGCUGGGCAACACUUGGAUAUUGCAGCGACUUGAUUACACGUGCUGUCUAAGUGCAAGGAAAAGGCCUGCGCAAACUAUAACAACAAGCAGAGUGAGAAACUUAAUUCCAAAACUAUGGCAGAGCACGAUAAGCUGUGGAGCAAUAGCGAAGGCGUCGAUCAGCAGCCGGCAGCUGAGGCUGGCGUGCGCAUGAGCGCCAGUGGUAUUGGUGAACAGUCUGGCAACGCCACUGAGCGCUUUGACAUUGAUGUGGACAUUGAGAGCGAAGACUUGGAGCUAAGUGUGAUGAGUAUUUCGAGCACACGCUCCAGCGAGCUGGAGGUCUACGACUUGAGCUCGCCCAGCGAGCUGGAUGAGAGUCAGGCAGAAGCUGCAGAUGAGACCGAUGGCGAUGUCGAUGUUGACGAAGAUAUAGAUGUCGAGACUCUGGGCAAUCGUCAGCAUGCUGCUCAGCCAUCCGGUUGCAUACUUGAGCCCUACACUGCUCCCAUGCCAGACGAGGUGAUCAAUCAGGCCAUUGAGGCAAUACGUGAGGGUAUGGCCGAGCCGGCAGCUCAGCCCAUGCCCGAUCCACGGGCCGCGCCCAUGAUAGACUUGAGCUCAUUGUGCAGCGACUGGCCAACGGUGCACCGUUUCCUGAUGCUCUCCGAGCUGCGCGUCGAUCAACUAGCUCGCAUUUGGCAGCUGCUUCAAAGAAGCCUGCUGCUCUUGGCCAACUCGACUUUGCAGCUGCCGCUGCCAUCGGCCGAUGGCCAACAGCCAGCCGAUUUCGAUGCAGAAUGGCACUCGAACUGGUCGGUCUAUCAGCAGCAGCUGGAGGAGUUUGUUCAAGUCGCUGAACUAUUCGCCCAGCUCAUACAAUAUGAAAUCUUUGGAAAUAACUUUCUCUAAAGCGCAAUUUGAUCAAAU